AUGUCUAGAAAAAGAAUUGAGGCUCCUCCUUUGACUGAUAGAUCAUAAUUCCGUAGAAUCAGUUAAAAAAGUGUAGAUGAAUUGAAUUAAGUAUUGAAUUUAAAUAUUCUAGACUCUUCAUGCUCGAAUCAACAGUAUGGUAGGAUUGGAUGAACAAUUGUCCACGAAAAUUAAAUAACUUUAAGUUAGUACUUUUACUACUAAAGACUUAACAUCUAUAGGGUCAUCUCUUUAAGACAUGGUUACAACAUUAUAAAAAGUUUCAUUUAAUGAAAUUAUGUAUAAUCAGCUUUUAAGAGAUAACGAAAAGUUUAAGAAUGAACAAUCUUAUUUGAAGGCUUAAUUAUUUAAACUUAAUAAUCUUAAUUCCAAAUUCUAAUAAGAACAUUAAUUGUUAUUAGAGAAAAUAAGAAGUUAAGAAGUUGAUAUUAAUAAUCUUAACAAAAAGUUAACUGCUGAAUAAAAGCUUAAUGAGGAAUUAUGUAUAAACAUUUAAUAAUUUUUAGCUAAAAAAUUGAAGAGAUCAGAAUAAAGAGUUUAAAUCAUAUUAGAAUCUAAUAUUACAAUAUAAAAAGAUUAAUUGAAACAUAAUUUGGUUGAAGUUUUGACAGAAAAUGAACAUAUCAAGAAAGAUGCAAUAUAAAAAUAAAAAGAUUUUUAAAAGUAGAUUAUAAUAAUAAUUAUUAUAGACUUUAAAUGGUUAACAAUUCUUUAAACUAAAAAUUAUCUCGAUUAAAUAAUAGAUUUUAAAUUAGAAGUAAAGUUUAAAAUGAAGAAGAUUUUAUAGAUUAAGAGAAAAUGGUUAUUACAUUUACAGAAAUACCUAAAAAUUUCGUUUUUAGACAUGUAUUCUAAAAUUUAGAAUGCAAAUGUAAUAAUUUAUAAUUCAAAUUAGAAUUUAUUUAAUCAGUUUUAGAAUUUUCAACUGAAGAUUUUUUAAUUCAUAUUAAUUCAGUAAAUCCUGAAACUAAAAAAAUGUAAUUGACAUGGCUAUUUAAUUAUAUGAUAAAUUACAAAGAAUUCAGUUUAGCUCAUAAUGUCUUUAUUAUCAAACUAUCUAAAUUGAUGUAAAUUUAUUCAUAUGAUGAAAUGCAUAAUUUCUUUACUACAUUAUCCUCUUUCUUUAAAGUUUCUCACAUUUAUUUAUGGUUAAGAGAUUUCUAAACAGGAUUCUUUAUUAAUUAAUUUGAUGGAAAAUAAAAAAAAAUAAUUUGUACAAAAGGAGCCUUUAGAGAUUGUUUAGAUACUCGAGAAUCAGUAAAUAAAUUAACUGCACAUAAACAUAUUAUGUAUUAAAAUGAUAUGGGAGAGGAUAUUUACUAAGAUAGUACAUACAUCUUUCCUAUUAUUACUGAUGCUGCUCUACCAGCAGGAUUAAUUGAAUUUCAUCAUCCUAUAUAAAGUAAUAAUUUUAGUGAUAUCUAAUAUUUUGCAUCAAUCUUAGGAUUGUAUACAAAGAUUCAAAUCUAAAAGAUAGAUGAGGAAAUACACAAAACUUCAUUAUUAAAAUAAACUGAUAUUUUAUAAAGCCAAUUUUUAAAGUUAAUGAAAGCAAUAGAUAAAUUUCAUUUUUGUGAAUUAAUGAAAGAAAUGUAAUGUAAAGUAAUGUAAUUAUCAACAUCUGAAAUUGUUUUUGUUGAAAAUAAUGGUUUAUGGAAAUAUCAUAAUGAAGAAAUAAAGAAAUUAGAUAAUUUAGCUGGAGUAUGUGGUUAAGUGGCUAUAAGUAAAUAACCUGCAUAUUUUGCUAAUAUUUCAAAAGAACUUAAUUUUAAUUAAAUAGUUGAUAUGUAUUCAAUUGCUCCUUUAUUUAUUUAUCCUAUUGUUCAUAAUAAUGAAACUCAUGCUCUAAUUUAGGUGUCACUUACUAAUAAAUAAAUAGACAAAUAUAGAUUUAAAGAUCCCUUGGUCAGUUUAUCGUCUUAAUCUAAUUAAGCAAGACUAUUUUGUGAUUAUGUUACUACUGCAUAUAUACAUAAGUUUUUAUGA